AACUCCAAAGAAAGUAAAAUCUUCACUGGCAUGGGGUGUUGCCACUCGGUUGUUUGUGAUUUCGCUAGCCCGGCGCACGGAUCGUCGUAUUGCGCUUGCACCUUUGUUGGAAGCACAUGGCCUUGUAGAACAUCAGGAUUUCGAAUUCAUCGACGCAACAGACGCAACGGACUCCAAAGUCAGCCAGAUUGUAGGGCAUGUACAAGCACAACGAAGGAAGGAGUUCGAGCAAGCAAAAGCAUGGAAAGGACGGCCAUCACAGCCAAACUCGUUCAAAGAAGCAGCUGAAAACUCACUUUCGGUCCCAUGGGGAAGUGAUUUAUGGAUAAGAGAUCCUCCACCCAACUCGGAGUACUGGGGUGGAAAGGACUUGUUGGGUGAACUAGACCCCGACUCGGACUAUCCCAUUCUAAUAGAGAAGGGGAACCCUUUCAACCCACACAAGUUUGACGCAUACCUGUACCGCCAAACUGAAGCCACACACACGUUGGCUCAUGAAGACACGAAUACCAUUCACACUCCAAAUGCAAAGGGCGUGGCAUACCUCACACGAGGCAUGGUGGCCUGCUGGCAUUCUCAUGUAACGCUUAUUCGACGCAUUGCAUUACUAGAGACUCAGACACACGCAUCAAACGUCUCAGAUUCGAUCGGUGGUCUGAGGGUCUCUGUGAUGCCCAACGAACCUGUCUAUAUCGUGCUGGAAGACGACGUUGAUUUCGAAUGGGAUAUAGAUGAAAGAUUAACAAGCCUUUGGACUCACUUGCCUGGUAGCUGGGAGAUUGCGAUGCUGGGUCAUUGUUGGUCCGAUGAAUCUAGAUAUUUACCAAUUGCGAAGUAUCCUGAUAUCAACCAUCCAUAUUCCAACGAGUCAACUGUAGGGGUUGAGCUGCCAUUGGUCGCUUCCCCUG